CCCCACUCGUCGUUAACCCCCCUUUUCCAACAUGUCGGUGUUCGGGCCGGUUGUAAAGAUCCAUCCCGUCGUCCUCGCCUCUAUUUGCGACUCUUACGAGCGACGAAAUGAGGGGGCGAGUCGCGUUAUUGGGACUUUAUUGGGUACAAUUGACAAACACUCUAUCGAGGUGACUAACUGCUUCUCGGUUCCUCACAAUGAAUCUGAAGACGAGGUUGCAGUGGACAUGGAGUUUGCCAAGAACAUGUAUGAGCUCCAUAAGAGGGUCUCUCCCACUGAGGUCAUCAUCGGCUGGUAUGCCACAGGCUUCGACAUUACAGAGCAUUCGGUGCUCAUUCAUGAAUAUUACAGCCGUGAGGCCACCAACCCCAUCCACCUGACUGCGGACACGGCCCUGCAGAGUGGCAAGAUGAACAUCCGCGCCUACGUCAGUGCACAGAUGGGCGUGCCCGGGAAGACUGUCGGCGUGAUGUUCACCCCACUCACUGUCAAAUACAUUUACUACGACACGGAGAGGAUAGGAGUCGACCUUCUGCAGAGGACACGCGUGGCUCCCAGCCGCACCAAAGGCUUGACGUCGGACCUUUCCCAGGUGGCUGGCUCUGCUGCCCGCAUCCAGGACAUGCUGACCACCGUGCUGGGUUACAUUGAGGAUGUGCUGUCUGGCAAGGUGGCAGCAGAUAACAGCGUGGGACGUUUCCUGAUGGACCUGGUCAACAAGGUGCCCACCAUCUCAGCAGAGGACUUUGAGAACAUGAUCAACUCCAACAUCAAUGACCUUCUGAUGGUGACCUACCUGUCCAACCUCACCCAAGCACAGAUCGCUCUCAACGAGAAGCUGGUGCUGCUCUGAGGAGCUGCUUCUUUUUUUCCCCCCUCGAGAUGAAUAAAUGAUAUUCCCCUGUCCAUUCCCAUCCAAA